AUGGUGUACUCUGCGCUUCUUUUAGGUGCUCUCGUCGCCGCACCAGCGUUCGGACAAACCUUCCGAAGGACCGCAGCUUGUCCUCAAUUAGGUUGUGUUUUCCCUCCUGAUCAGACUGACUUUAUUGCCGGUCAAACCUUCGAUCUUCGAAUUGAAGUCCAAGCGCCUGUAAACGGAUCUGAAGCUUAUAACAAUGGUCAAGUUGAUGAGAACUUUUCAAUUAAGAUCGGCGGUCAAGGAGCAGAGCUAGUCGAUGCCGCUCAAUUCUUCGGUUUGAGUGAUCCUGAGGCUGAAAAGUACAACUUCACCUAUUACGAGGAUUUGUUUGCUGAGGAUGCUCAUGCCCCCACUGCUGUUAACGUAAUCGCCAAAUCGUACCGAAACUUACAAUUACACACUCCCGGAACCUACGAGGUCGUUUUGACCUACAACAAUGGUGAUACUACUAAAGCCACCUGGACCGUGGCUGACCUCGCCGAAAAGAAGAAGGCAAAGAACGUCAUCUUCUUCGUUGGUGAUGGUAUGGCAGGAUCGAUGUUGUCAGCCGCUCGUCUGCUUGGUCACAAGACAAUCAACGGUAAAUACCAAAGCAAGCUCAAGCUUGACGAGGCUCCCGGAUACGGAUCGCAGAUGACUCACUCGUAG